AUGUUUAAUAAAAAUGGAGGAGAAGAACCAAAACAACAGAGAUUACAAUUAGAAUUAGCACCACCACCCCCACCACGAACAACAAGUAGGCAGCAGCAGCAGAGGCAAAGAAUAGCACCAUUAAGAGCAACAAUAGCACCCAGCAGAUCGUAUCCUUUUAGCCCACCAGAAGAUAUAUCGCCCAUAUCACCAGCCCUACAAAAUGCAGUUACAAGCACCACAACUCGUAAUAAUACCAAAAAUAGUUUUAGAGGCCACAUGAAAUACUCACAAACAAUCCAAAGUAGUCCUAAUGCAAUAGCAUCCCAUGGCGGUAGUAGUAGCAGCAGUAGUGGUAGUUCGAGCGGUAGCAGUAGUAUUAGUACAAAUAGUAAUAAUAGAAAUGAGCUUUUCAAUCAUCAACAUCAUGGAAAGAUAAAAUUCAAUCAUGAUAAACAACAACAACAACAGCAGCAGCAGCAGCGUCAACAAUUUCACACAAAUGAACAACGAAAACGUAUUAACAACAACAACAACAACAGUAGCAGCAACAAGAACAACAAAGAGUCUGAUCAUCAUUCCCGGCCCAUGCAAAGGCAACGUCAGCAUUCAAAGUCGCAACAUCAGUCAUCGCAAAUCGGUAAUUUCAGUUCGGGCAAGAAAUCCUCAAAUGCCAACACCAUCAACAACAACGAAGAGCUGAAAGACUACAAGAGCAAAAUCAAAAACAAAUACAACAUCGAUUAUGAUCAUUCACUGGAUGAGGAAUACGAAAUAAUUGAGGCCGUCGAAUGAAUGGAAGAAGGGCACGAAAAGGCUGCACUGAUGACGACGACGACAAUGAUGGCGGUGAUGGACAAUGGCUGCUUGACCACCAUCAACCAAACCGAUAACGACAACGACACCAAGACAAUGUCGUUGGCAUGAAAUGAUGUUGCUCAAACGAUCUCCAAAAAUGGACGUUGCACCAUCCCUUGAAUGGGCACUGAGUACUUGGGGAGUGCAAAAUUUGACAGCUUAAAUAGUUUGGCAUUAUGUACGAUGUGAUCAAAAAUAACAGGGAAAAUCACACACAUUUUCCAUUCAUCAAAAUCUAUUUGGCAUAUGUGUUGCACUGUGUGUGUCUGCGUUGUGAAAAUUGUGAAAUACGAUUGAAUUGUUCUUUAAAUUGAAAAAAAAAAUACUCGCUACAAUUAAGUUAAAAAUAAGUACGACAAUACUGCAUUUUAUUUUAUUUUUUUUUCUCUCUCUACUG